AUGUCCACAGAAAGCUAUUCAUUGGCAGAAAUUCUGGCUGUCGCUAAGACGCAUCCUUUUUAUAACGCGGAUGUUACAUACCCCGGCACUGCGGCUGAAAUUCAAGAAAUUCGCCACUCGGUAGUCGACAAAGAAGUGCAGCCUGAUCUUCGAGAGCAGCCAUUGCUUGAGAAAAAGACACUGUACAAAGCAAUUUCACGUCUUACGCAUGAUGUGGAUCCCCAGAAUGCCUACCGUCAUGGUUGCUAUAUGAGCAUCACUGGUGGUGGCUCUGGUGGAGUUCCUAUGCUGUUUGCCGUGGACGCCUUUGAAAAUCGGCGACAGAGAGCUCAAGUCGGCAAAUUCUUAUCGAUUACCGGAGUUAUCGAGCCGAAAGACUGGGUACUAUCUACACAUUUGGCAGGAGGUUUCUAUCGGUCUCUCGAUCUCAUGGUAGAGCUAUUCGAAAUGGCCGGAGCCACUGUCCUCAGCGCUGGUAGCUAUAUGCCACCUGCUCAAGUUGCAUCAUCUCUCGCAGAUUACCAUGUCAACGCUCUGACCGGCGAUAGUAGUCAGAUCAUUCAAGUCGUUCAUGCAAUUUCUAUGAUGAAGCAAGAGGAUCGCAGCCGUAUUUGUCUGAAUAAGAUUAUCUACACCUCCGAGCCUCUGACUGAUCCUCAGCGCAGUUUCAUAAAGACCGUUCUGGGUAAUGUGAAAAUAUUAUCGGUCCUCGGUAGUUCCGAGGCGGGCGCUUGGGCAGUCAGCAACCCUGAAUUGACGGGAGAACAGCCCGAGACUUUGUCUGGAUCUAAUGAAUUUGUCUUUGAUAUUCGUCACGUCUUUGUUGAGAUAUUGCCUUUGUCCACGCUAGAGGAUGAACAUUUGUCUGGUUCAACUGUGCUUCCAUAUGGAGAGAAAGGUCUUAUCGUGCAGACUUCUCUUCAGCGACUGCGCAAUCCGCUAGUACGCUACAUCACUGGUGAUGUCGGCUCACUUUAUCCAUUGCCAGAGUCCGCCUACAGUAAGGUGCCUGAGGCCGAUAGGAAGUACCUUCGCGUGUUGCGAAUGCAAGGCCGUGACAGGCGGUUCAGCUUCAAAUGGUAUGCUUGUUAUUUUGAGUUUGAUACUAUUGAAGCUUUUAUGCAGACCCCGGAUUGUGGUAUUCUGCAGUGGCAAGUUAUUCUGGAUAAAUUAGACGGUACACCUGAGGCGACUCUUGAGAUUCGCUUACUGCGGUCUUCCCCAAGAGACGGCAUCAUCCCUGAUGAUGAACUCUUAAGACGCCUAGCACAUUUCUUCUCUUUUUUCCCUGAAAAUGAGCAUCUUUCAAAGAUUACAAUCCUGGAAAAUAUUCAGGGUUUCGAAAGAAGCGCUACGGCUGGGAAGGUUAUCAAAUUUGUGGAUCGUUGGCAUUAG